UGGCGCGCAAGAGAGUGGAAAAGAGGAUUUAUUGAAACCUUUCUUCUUCUCUCAUCCACUCUUUUCUCUACAAUAAUCAUGUCUUCCCUCUUCACCCCUUUCAUUUCCUCUUCCCUCAUUCUUCAACCCCUCAAAUUUUCUCAACUUACAAUCUUCUCCUCGAAACCCUACAGCAACACGAAUUUUAUUCCGGUUGUAGCAUCCCAUUCUCAACCCAAACCUAAUUCUAAACACAAUUCUAGAAAACCCACCAUGGAUGGCAGCAAACCCACCUCCAAAUUUCGAAGAAAAUCCUCAUACGGUACCUCUAGGAGGUCGAUUCUGAAGAAAACUUUCAAUCAGGAGCAAGUUACCUUCACUUCUGCUCUCUCCGAUGACCCCCUUAUAGCCAUUAUUGGCGGCGGCAUGGCGGGAAUCAUGUGUGCUCUGAGUUUGGAGAAAAGGGGUGUUCGCUCCACCGUCUUUGACACGGGUAUACAUGGGUUGGGAGGAAGAAUGGGGACUAGAAGUCUUGGACCUGAACCCCUAAUGUUUGAUCAUGCGGCUCAAUUCUUUACAGUGACGGAUAACCAAUUUGCUCAGUUGGUUGAUGGUUGGUUGGCUGCAGAUCUAGUUAAAGAGUGGAAGGGCACUGUUGGAGAGCUUGAAUUGGGUGGUCGAUUUGUUCCAAUGUCUUCCUGUCCAAGGUAUAUUGGUACAAAUGGCAUGCGGCCACUUGCUGACUCAUUGCUAUCUCAGACUUCUCUGAUUAAUGUGAUCCGCCCUUGCUGGAUAAGUAAGCUGGAGCCAUUUAAUGGAAUGUGGCACUUAAGUGAGAACGGAAAACCUUGUGGGCAUUUUGAUGCUAUUGUUAUUGCACACAAUGGCAAAUGUGCUAAUCGGCUUCUUUCAACAUCUGGCUUACCUCUGAUUGCUAGACAAAUGAAGAGGUUAGAAUUAAGUUCUAUAUGGGCCCUCCUUGCUGCAUUUGAGGACCCUCUUCCUUUCCCAGAUACUGCAGAAAAAUUUCCAUUUGAAGGAGCUUUUGUAAAAGGGGUUGAUUCCCUCUCAUGGAUGGCAAACAAUAACAAAAAAUUUCUAAACUUUCAGAAAGAUGGGCCCCACUGUUGGACCUUUCUGAGUACUGCUGCAUAUGGGAAACAGAACAAGGUUCCACAGGAGAAUAUCCCAACUUCUACUGCCGAGAAAGUGAAGAAAAAUAUGCUAGAGGGUGUCGAAGCUGCCCUGGGAUUGUCCAAAGGGUCACUGCCAAAACCCUUUUACACCCGAGUUCAGCUAUGGGGUGCAGCACUGCCUACAAAUUCACCAGGUAUUCCAUGCAUCUUUGAUCCUCAUGGAAGAGCCGGUAUCUGUGGUGAUUGGCUACUAGGCUCAAAUAUAGAAUCAGCAGCCCUAAGUGGGAUAGCUCUUGGAAAUCAUAUUGCAGAUUACUUCCGAAGUGGCAGCGAACACUCCGAAGAAUUCGCAGUUGGUUUACAUAAGGAGUUUCAGCCCAUUCAAGGACAUGAUAUUGGGCAAUUUCCAGGUUUGGGAACUGAAAAGCAGGCAGAAAGUACACUGGCAUUCCAGCUUGCUACUUAAAUUUUUCCUUGCUAGACGCACGAAGCAGAAAUUAUAAUUCAGGAAGAUUGGGAUGAACACGUCAUGUCUGUCAAUAUUUUGAAGAAACUCGAGACAGUAAGACACGCAGAGCUGAGGUGACUCGACUACUUUGAUCAAACCUAACAAGGACUCAUCUUCUGAUCUAUCACAGGCAAAUCAAUAAGUUGGAACUUCACGGGGUGUGUGUUUGAAGAUUCAAGCUCACGAAGUGAAGAUGGAAAUGGAAUUCUUCUUUAGGGAAUAACCACAAAAGAUGUUACUAUCUAUAUGCUUGCCUAAAGUUGUUAACACAUUGGAAUGAAUAUACACUCCCAUGUCUUCUUGGGAGAGUACUGUUCUUCGGAUUAAUUUUUGCUUUAGAUUUUGAAUUUAAAUCAUCAUCAAACCCUUUGUCA